AUCUGCGGUGUCAAAUGGGACUGCGGCCUUGCACCACAUCUCCGCCGCCGCCGUAUUCGAUCAGUUACCGUUAGCCCCUCAUGUUGCUGCAUUUGUUCUCCUUGCUAGCAUUAAUGGGCCUGCAAUGCAUGGCCGCAGACACCGAGCCACUCCGAGUAUCGCUCGCCCGACGAAGACCUCCCACUGCUGCCGCGCCCGACUGGAUUCAGUCGGAGGCUGUUGCGUAUCAUCGCGCCCAUACUGCCGCACCCGACUGGAUAACGACCGAAUCGAACGCCACACAGGAUGUUGCCCAGCCCCCACUGCCACGCGAGAAGCGUGUGACGCUGCAGAACUUCGGGAACGUACAAUACAUCGGCUCCGUGGGCUUCGGCAACCCACCGCAGUAUUUGGACGUGGUGUUCGAUACGGGCUCGAGCGAUACAUGGAUCCCCAGCACCAGCUGCGAUAGCUGCGGUUCGCACCACCAAUUUGACGCACAAAAGUCCACAACCUUCUUGGACACGGAGGAAAAGUUCUACGAUGCGUAUGGAAGUGGGUCGGUAUCGGGAACAGUAGUGGUAGAUACGGUGACCAUCUCAGGGUACACUGUUGACAGCGUUCGCUUUGGGAUAAUUGACGAUGAGAGCGACAAGCUGCAGGAAUUCCUAGCCGACGGGAUCUUUGGACUGGGGUUUGAGGGCCUCGCUCACAUUAGCCGCCCCACAGUGUUUGCAGCACUUGCAGGACAGAACGCCGAUCUGGAAAAUAUGUUCGCCUUCUACCUCACACCAGAAGCCUAUCGGACUGGCAGCGAGUUGCACAUUGGAGGCUACGACUUGUCUGUUGUUGGACCAAAUGCGUCGUUUCAUUACACGCCUGUAGUGAAGCUGCCAGAGUUCGACUCGUUCAUGUACUGGACUAUCAAGAUGAACAACUUCUCUGUCGUUCCUCCGGCACUUGCAAUCGGCGACAGCGACAACACCGUCGAAACUACCGAGACUGACGUCACUGUUAAUAUGUGCGAGCCGUUCUGCUACGCUAUCGUCGACACGGGCACGUCGUUGAUCAGCGUUCCUGCAGGACAGUAUAACGAGGUAGUCAGCAAGAUCACGCGAGGCCUGGACUGCGAUGGCAUUGACUGUGACGCUGUGGCUGUUAAGGACUUUCCAGUGCUGCACUUUGGCAUGGAGCCAGACAACGUCUUCUUAUUGCAGCCGCAGGACUACGUGCUGUGUUCAGGCUGGGGCCAGUGCAAACUGCAGUUCCAGUCAACGACGGACGAGUGGUGGAUACUCGGAGACGUCUUCAUUAAGACGUACUACACUUUGUUCGACGCUGAGCGCAUGCGCAUCGGCUUCGCGUGCGAUGGGGAUGUAUGUCAAGGCGGGCGAGGCAACAUCUACGGAGAUAACGGGGAAGGAGGCGCGUUCGGCGCGUGGGAGAACGCGUUCCUACUGGGCUCGUGCUUUGCGGCCGCGUGCAUGUUCCUGUUCGUCUUCCUACUAAAUCAGCAGGACGAGGAGCCCCAUUUGAACCAGGACGAGGGAUUUCUGGGAGCACUUAUUGACCGCCGUAACUCGCCUCAGGGUUUCCAGACGCACGACCCCAAGCGACCGCUGCUCUACGACGACGAGGAGUCUCAGCAGGCGUACGCCACGUCGUCUUCCUCGACCUCGCAGGCGUCGAGCUACGCCGAGGCAAGGCGCAACUUCGCGGCACUGCCGUCGCCGCCCCGGUCGAAUGACGGGUAUCAGAGUGAUGGUUCGUGUGUUGAAGUUUAGAUACGAACAUCCUAUUUAACGCUUCGUUUCAGUUAUGAAUCCGCACGUUCGAAAAAAAAUCGAAGGGGCACAGCCACAAUCCUUAAAUAGCCUGUCAAAUCGCAUAAAACGUGCUUGAGAGUAAAUGGACAGUUGUAAGUUCUUGAAUCUCUGAGUUUCGAAAUCACCUUCUUGAUUUUAUGCGGACGUCAAAGAUCCAGCGCGGCGCAUUCUAACGGUUAAAUUCAGUGGACGACGGUCGGCGACUGAUCAAGUGUGGCUUCUCCACCAAAACCGCAAUCUUUUGCUCUGCAACUCGUUCCUCAAGAGGCUCUUGAAGAGCAUCCCGGUGACCGCCAUCAACA